AUGGCGCACGGCGGCAUUUGCCGGCGGCUCGGCGUCGUCGUUCUGGUGAUCGUGCCAUGUCUGCUGUUGAUGGUCCAAGAAACUCAACAGGCGGCUUGUAGAGGAUGCACCAAUCCAUUUAAAUGUGACUGUAAAGGAAUUGUCGGAGAACCUGGUGACAAGGGUAUUUUUGGACAACAAGGUUCAGAAGGACCUCCAGGAGAAACAGGUCCGGAUGGUCCACCUGGAACAAAAGGAGAAAAAGGAUCUAUUGGAGAAUGGGGAGAUCUCGGUUUAAAAGGAUAUCGAGCUUGUAGAGGAUGCACCAAUCCAUUUAAAUGUGACUGUAAAGGAAUUGUCGGAGAACCUGGUGACAAGGGUAUUUUUGGACAACAAGGUUCAGAAGGACCUCCAGGAGAAACAGGUCCGGAUGGUCCACCUGGAACAAAAGGAGAAAAAGGAUCUAUUGGAGAAUGGGGAGAUCUCGGUUUAAAAGGAUAUCGAGGUGAAAAUGGUUUAACUGGUUACCAUGGAAUUGACGGUGAUAAAGGAUAUGCGGGUGUAGCCGGGCCACCAGGACUGAAAGGUCUAGAGGGAUGCAAUGGAACAGAUGGUAAUGACGGACUUAUGGGCGAAGACGGAUAUCCCGGUGAGCGAGGUCUCAUAGGACUUGAUGGUCUACAGGGACUACGAGGAGAUCCAGGCGAUGGAGGGGCAAAUAGUAAAGGCCUGAAGGGCGAAAGAGGUGAAUCAAGUUCACCAGGAGCAAAAGGUGAACCAGGAUAUCCUGGAAUCGAAGGUGUGCAAGGUGAUAUUGGUGUGCCCGGAGUACAAGGACCUACUGGUGAUCCUGGAUAUAAUGGACUGAAGGGUGAUAAAGGUGACUCCCAGCCAGGAUCUAAAGGUAUUAUUGGAGAAGAUGGAGAUCGCGGAGAAGAAGGUCUCCCAAGUAAUGUAACUGACCCUGAAAAUAGGGAUGAUAGUGAGGAUAUUAUUGUGUACAAAGGACUUCCAGGAGAUCGUGGUCCUAGAGGAGAUAACGGAAGACCUGGGUAUAAAGGUGAAACUGGCACUAAAGGUCUUAUGGGUCGUCCUGGAUAUGAUGGAUUUAAAGGAGUAAAAGGUGCACAAGGUAAUGUAGGUCAAAGAGGAAAAGAUGGAAAUGUUGGUAUAUUUGGUGAAAGUGGCAUAAAAGGCGAUAAAGGAGCUCCAGGAUACUCAGGACUAGCAGGGGAAGAUGGAGAUAAGGGUGGAAAUGGUGAACCUGGACGUUUAGGGAUUCCAGGAGUACAGGGUAGUGAAGGUGAACCAGGCAUAUAUGAUCCAAAUUUGGAUGAAAUUAGGAAUGGUUCUGAAGGACCUCAAGGACCUAUUGGUCCUGAGGGUCCUAGAGGAGAAGAUGGAUUACCUGGAAGGAUUGGUCAACCAGGAAUUUUGGGACCACCUGGUGAACCGGGGCCCCCAGGUAUUCCUGGAGCAAGGGGGCCAAAAGGAUUAUCUAUGAAAGGAGAACAAGGAAUUGAAGGGUUGGCUGGACCAAGAGGAGAACAAGGACCUCUAGGAGUUCCUGGACCUAUUGGCCCAAUUGGCGAAAAAGGAAUUCAGGGCAUAACUGUGUUUGGACCGCCUGGUGAAGAUGGUCGCUUAGGUCGUGAUGGUUCUGAAGGUCCUAAAGGAGACCAGGGUGAUCAAGGAUAUAAAGGACCAAAAGGUUUCCCUGCAACACGACCGGGAGAACGAAUUGUUGGUCCACGUGGAGCUCCUGGUAUCCCAGGAUUUUCUGGUAUACCUGGAGUGCCUGGAUUUCCUGGACUUCCUGGUAGAAAUGGAUCAAAAGGACUUCGGGGAGAUGAUUGUGGCUACUGCAAUCCAGGUUAA